UGACGUAUAUGUAUAUAUGUAUCUAUAUAUAUGUCCUAUCCAUUUCCUGCUAGUCUGCAACUCUCAAGACUUCAAUACUCAUCUUCUUCUUCUUCUAAAAACAGCAGGCAUGGAAGACAGGAAUACAUGCAUGAUGACGACAACAGAUGAGUUGAUGACGUUGGAUUUGAUAAGCCAAUACCUCCUCGGCGACUUUGCUUCCACUGAAGCAUUCAUCGGCAACCUCGGCUUCUGUUUUCCCGACGACUUCAACGACUACCGCCGAUUUUCCGGCUCCGAUAAGCCGGAAUCUUCUACUUCCGUUUCGGACUCCGUCUCUCCCGUUUCGGACCUAAAACGACCCGAUUCGCCGUCACGUUACUUCAAUCUGGAUCUCGAUUUCCCCGAAUUCGAAUCCAAACCGGAUAUUGUUCGCUCCACUCCCGAUUCAAGCUCGAAAUUGCAGAAUUCCGCGGUUCAGAAGGAAUCCGGUAACGGCGGGAAGGGGAGGCGGUACAGAGGGGUUCGGAGGAGGCCGUGGGGGAAGUUCGCGGCGGAGAUCCGAGACCCGACCCGGAAAGGAUCGCGAAUCUGGUUGGGGACUUACGAUACCGACAUUGACGCUGCUAGGGCCUACGAUUGUGCGGCGUUCAAGAUGAGAGGUAGGAAAGCGAUUCUCAACUUCCCGUUGGAAGCCGGAAAGUCGGGACCGCCGGUGAACCACGGCCGGAAUCGGAGGAGAGAGAUGAAAUCCCGCGACGUGAGUAGAGUGAAAGAGGAGAUAUUUUGAAGACUUUUGAUCGAGAUCAGUCUAGCAGUUACUACGUUGCAUGCCAAUUAUAGAUUUGUGGAUCUAUAAAACUACGGAAUUGAAGUACGUACGUGAUUGAAAGCAGCAUAGUGUGGAAUUUCAAGUAGAAUAUUAGCAUAUAGUCUGUGUAUUAUAGUGUACUAAUAUUUGCCACUUUGAUAAUCAUAAAUGCAAUUUGUAAAUUACAAUAUGAGAGUGAACACUUUAUUGAAGAAAAAUGUGUUUUCAUGUUAAA